UGCCGACUUGAUAGGGCCAGUUCGGCUCUGGGGCCCAGGGCAUUGAGUCCCCCAUCACGCGGGGAGAUGCGGCCUUUGGUCUUCAGCGCUAGCCCAGUUCUCGUGAUAGCCUCGGCCCGUGGGAGCGUCGUUAAGAAAAUGCAGGCUUCGGAGGUGGUCCGCAAGAAUUUGUCUGAUUGGUUCUUCCACUGGCCUCGUCAGUCAGCCCAUACACCCAAAACAUUCCAGAAACGAUGUUUCACCCUCGGCUUUGGGUUACAUAAUGAACACAGAUGC